AUGCCACCAAGCUCGAGUCAGAAAAGUGCUAUAGCACAAUUUGUUAGUGUCACUGGAGCAAAAGAUAGUGUUGCCAUGAAGUGUCUCAAAGCAAAUGGUUGGAAGGUAGACCAAGCUAUCGAUGACUACUUUCAGAAUGGUCAGUCCGGAGCCGUGCAAGACAGAGCAGCCGCGGUGAGCAAAAUAUUCGACAAAUACAGAGACGACCCCGACAGCCCCGAUGAAAUUGGUAUCAAUGGCGCUAUGAAAUACUUUGGUGAUAUUCAGGUCAGGUUAGAUGAGGUUGCUUGUCUUGCCGUGGCUGAGUUACUACGUUCCCCAUCCAUGGGCGAGUUCACUCGGAAGGAGUUUAUAGAAGGUUGGAUAAAAACAACAGAGUGUGACACUAUCCAAAAGCAAGCCGCAUAUGCGGAUAGCCUGCGUAAUCUGCUUCUGGCAGACUCGGACUACUUCCGACGAGUAUAUCGCUAUACUUUCCUUCUGUGUCGAAUGCAGGGCCAGCGCAAUGUCAACAUAGAAAUUGCCACGGAGCAGUGGCAGCUUUUCUUCACAUCGGAGAAUGGAGGGAUUGCUUGGGAGACGGAAUCCGUGCCAUGGCUGAAAUGGUGGGUCGAAUUUAUUGAGACCAAACACAAACGUCCAAUCAAUAAGGAUCUGUGGGAGCAAACAGAAGUUUUGAUGCGCAAAACUAUGGAGGAUGAAUCGAUGGAUUGGUGGAGCUCUGAUGCUGCAUGGCCAGGGGCUAUCGAUGAUUUCAUUGCCUUUGUAAAGGAGAAACAGGGGGCAGGGGUAACACAGCAAUGA